GGGGAGGACGCAAGGGGACUGGGCAGGAAUCAAGAGUGAUGCUCAGUGAGGUAGAGUAGCGUGGGUUCUGGGAAUGUGGGUCAGGGGAAGGCGACCCAGCUCGGGUCCGGGGACCACUUCGUGCAGAGGAAAGAGCACCGGACUGGGUGGGAGUCAGGAGUCCCCGGCUCCAGUCCCACCCCAGGCCUUGCUUCACCGCGACCCACCACCGUGGGCAAAUCCUUCCCUCUGGGGAAGAGCGUCCUCAUAUCUAACAGGACGGUGUUCUACUCCAUCCUCUCUGUCCUUCUUAACUAAACCCCUGAAAGGUCUGGCGGGGAGACCAUGGGUUGUGAUUUCCAGGGCGGCCUAUUCAGGUGCGGGAUUGUGACCCGUGUCCUCUUUCUGCUGCUGCCUCCCGCGAUCAUGGUGAGAGGAGAGGCGUCGAGGGCAGGCUGAUUGGAGCUGGCCUGCUUCGACUUCAUAUUUGUGGCUGACCAAUCUCCUCUCUCUCUCCAGGGGAGAUGGCCAUUCCAUUUUUCACGGGCCGCCUCACUGACUGGAUUCUCCAAGAUGCGGCUGCCACUGCCUUCACCCGAAAUAUAACUCUCAUGUCCAUCCUCACCAUAGCCAGCGCAGUGUUGGAGUUCAUGGGCGAUGGGAUCUAUAACAGCACCAUGGGCCGAGUGCACAGCCACUUGCAGGGAGAAGUGUUUCGGGCAGUCCUGCGCCAAGAGACAGAGUUUUUCCAACAGAACCAAACAGGUGCCAUCACAUCUCGGGUAACAGAGGACACGUCCGCCCUGAGUGAAACUCUGAGUCGGGAGCUGAGCCUAUUGCUGUGGUACCUGGUGCGAGGGCUGUGCCUCUUGGGGCUCAUGCUCUGGGGGUCAUUGUCCCUCACCAUGGUCACGCUGGCUGCCCUGCCUCUGCUUUUCCUUCUGCCUAAGAAGCUGGGAAAGUGGUUCCAGUCACUGGAAGUACAGUUGCUGGAGUCUCAGGCACAGUCCAGCCAGGUGGCUAUUGAGGCUCUGUCAGCUAUGCCUACAGUCCGGAGCUUUGCCAAUGAGGAGGGUGAGGCCCAGAAGUAUAGGCAAAAGCUUCAGGAAAUGAAGACACUCAACCAGAAGGAGGCCAUGGCCUAUGCAGUCAACCUCUGGACCACCAGUAUCUCAGGGAUGCUGCUGAAGGUGGGAAUCCUGUACAUUGGUGGGCACCUGGUGACAAGGGGGGCUGUGAGCAGUGGGAACCUUGUCACAUUUGUUCUCUACCAGAUCCAGUUCACCACAGCUGUUCAGGUACUGCUGUCCACCUACCCACGUGUACAGAAGGCUGUGGGCUCCUCAGAGAAAAUAUAUGAAUACCUGGAUCGGACCCCUUGCUGCCCACCCAGUGGUCUGUUGACUUCCUUAAACUUGGAGGGUCUUGUCCAGUUCCAAGACAUCUCCUUUGCCUACUCAAACUGUCCAGAUGUCCCAGUGCUGCAGGGGCUGACAUUCACCCUACGUCCUGGUGAGGUGACAGCGCUAGUGGGACCCAAUGGGUCUGGGAAGAGCACAGUGGCUGCCCUGCUACAGAAUCUGUACCAGCCCACCCAGGGGCAGCUGCUGCUGGAUGGGAAGCCUCUUUCCCAAUAUGAGCACCGCUACCUGCACAGCCAGGUGGCUGCAGUGGGACAAGAGCCACAGCUAUUUGGAAGAAGUCUUCGAGAAAAUAUUGCCUAUGGCCUGAUCCAGAAGCCAACUAUGGAGGAAAUCACAGCUGCUGCAGUAGAAUCGGGGGCUCAUAGUUUCAUCGCUGGACUCCCUCAGGGCUAUGACACAGAGGUAGGCGAGGCUGGGAGCCAGCUGUCAGGGGGUCAGCGACAGGCAGUGGCCUUGGCCCGAGCACUGAUCCGUAAACCACGUGUCCUUAUCUUGGAUGAUGCCACCAGUGCCCUGGAUGCAAACAGCCAGUUACGGGUGGAGCAUCUCCUGUAUGAAAGCUCUGAACGGCGCUCUCGCUCUGUGCUUCUCAUCACCCAGCAUCUCAGCUUGGUGGAGCAGGCUGACCACAUCCUCUUUCUGGAAGGAGGCACUAUCUGUGAGGCGGGAACCCACGAGCAGCUCAUGGAGAAUAGGGGACGCUACUGGACCAUGGUGCAGGCUCCUGCAGGUGCUCCAGAAUGAAAGACUUCUUGGACCUGCACACACUAUCUCCCUCCCCUUUCUUCUCUCUGUGGUGGAGAAUUUGGGAGCAAAGGUCCUGCCUGAGCUGCAGAGUAGACAGCUGCUUCUAGGAGUAGUUACAUCCUAAAAUGGAACUCCCUAGGUGAUCCCUAAAAUUUGCCAUGCGUUUUACCUCUUCUCCAGGCUCCACUUGAUAAUGCCGACUUUCUGGAAGAAAAAAAGGAUUUAUAACUCUUUAGUGUAACUGGGUUUAGAGCCAGGGUUGAUGCUUUGGUGUGAAUAGCACUCUGAAAAUGAGGAGAAAUAUUUGGAAAGUACAGAUAGGGAUCAGCUACUUUCAGUAUGACCAAAGACAUGUGCUGCCCCAUAAAUACCCUGUGGAUUCUUGAUAUUUAUAAUAAAAUUGGUGUUUUGUACUGUG